UGAUCAUGUGACAAACGUCAAAAAUGUCAAACAAUGUAGUUUUUGAUUUGUAAGUUCUACAAUAAUAUAAAUUUUGAGAAACUUUUGAUCGAAGAAAUUCUAUUAAAGAAUUUUUGCUUUCAUUUUACUCUCUAGUCAUAUUAUGGCAUUAAAUUAAAAACUAUUAAUACGAUUAAAACUGAUUGAAUACAGUGAAGUUGCAAAUAAAAAACUUAAUUCUGAAGAAUUUUGAGGUUAUAACUCAUUUAAAAGGAUUUUACUGAAUUAAAUUAUUAUUCCAUUUAUUUUUCUACAUGUGCGUUUUAUUUAUAAUCAGUUAAUUCAUUCAGUGUUAAAAUAAUUCCAAGAUUUGGUUGUAAAGUGACAAAAAACAUUUUUUAAUUAUUUUCAUUGUAAAAUUGCAAUAUUUUACUAUAUAUAGAGUUUUUUUAAGGCGAACAAAGUGGAAAAUUAUUCUAUAAACAUGUCGACAACAAAUUGUCAACAAAAAGAAUUUAAACUAUCACCGGAUCACGAAUUUAUUGUGCCAAUAAAAGGGAUAAAAAAUCCAAAUGAUAUGAUCGUUUGGCAAAAAUCCGAGGCUUAUUUUGAAUAUUUGGGUUUUAUUCUCGCAAUUAAUGAAUCUAUUCAAGGAAAAAGUAUUAAUGCACAAACGGAAACAUCAUUAAUCGUUGAUAAAGUCAUGAAAAUGUUGAAUAAAUUCGAUGAUUGGAUAACUGAGAUUCCGCCAAUUGAUCAGCCUCAACGUUUUGGAAAUCAAGCGUUUCGUACUUGGCACAGUAAAAUACAAGAGUCCUCGAUUGAUGAAUUAAAAGAAGUAUUGCCAGAAGAAAUAUACAAAGCAAUUCCUGAAAUAGUUGAAUAUUUACUUGAAGGUUUUGGAAAUCCAACGCGUAUUGAUUAUGGAACUGGUCAUGAAAUGGCAUUUAUUAUGUUUUUGUGUUGUAUGUUUAAAAUUGGAGCUUUUAAAGAGCAUGAUAAAGUAACAGUUGCACUUAAAAUAUUCAACAGGUAUUUAGAAAUUGUUCGAAGACUGCAGUUAAUUUAUAAAAUGGAACCGGCUGGAAGUCAUGGUGUUUGGAGUCUCGAUGAUUAUCAAUUUGUUCCCUUUAUUUGGGGAAGUGCACAAUUAAAUGGUCAUCCACGAAUUGAGCCACAACAUUUCGUUGAUCAUGGAGUAGUGGAAAAUUAUGGAAAACAAUAUAUGUUUCUUGGAUGUAUUGAUUAUAUUUGUAAAGUGAAAACUGGACCAUUUGCUGAACAUUCUAAUCAACUUUGGAACGUUAGCGCAGUAUCGUCAUGGUCAAAAGUAAAUAGUGGUCUUAUAAGAAUGUAUAAAGCUGAGGUCUUGGCCAAAUUUCCAGUUAUUCAACAUGUUUUAUUUGGUUCCUUAUUCUCUAUAAAACAAGCACCGGAAGGCGCUAAUUGUAAUGCAUCUCUUCUUGGUCCUUCGGCAGGAUUGAAUCGUAUAUAAAUCUUCCUUUUUUUAAAAUUAAUUUUCGAAUUUGAAAUAGUAGAUUGUGAAAAGUAAUUUUGCAAAUAGCAUUGGUGCUGCUGGCAGUUAAGUAUACGAAAAAGAAAAAAAAAAGUUUAAUCAAUUCCUUGUUAAUGAUUCGAUAUUUUUGAAAAUACUCAUUUUUUUUUUGUUUACUUUAAUUUACAGUUAAAUGAAAAAAAAAUUCAAUUUUAUUAAAAUGAAAUUUCAUUGAAAAAAAAAUAAUGUAAGUAUUAAGUUUUUAAUGCUAUUAUUAUAAUUGUAAUUAUUAUAGUUGAUAUAAAAUAUUUUUUAAAUAUCGUUAAUUGAAUGGAAGAAAAUUAAAAUAAUUAAGAGUGUAUGUGUGUAAUAGAUGUAUCUAGUGUAAUUUUUUCUGCUUCAAUUCGAAAAAUGUUUGUGAAUAUAGGAAAAUUGAAAAAAAAUAUAUAUAUAUUUAA